AUGGCAGAAACAAGAACUAAGCGACGGCCAGUGCAGUACUCUGCAGACACACCUCCAUCUGCACCUUUGCCAACCGCACUCGAUAAAAAAGAUGCAUUCCAAUGCUCACCGUCCCAUGCUGAAAGAAACCCUAUUGGUUUAAAGGAGAAAGACCCAGUAAUUGAUGCAGCAAAACAAUCGAAUCAUGUACUUCCACACCAGGCAAACACUUUAGGAUGGACUCAACAGUCAUAUACCCAAGCAAAUAAAGAACUGGACGAAGCAACCUUGAUGGCAGGACUAGCUAAAAACCUGUAUUCGCCUGGCCAUCUACAAAAUAUUUCAAAACCAAACUCUACCAGCAAUUCUCAGCAGUUUUAUUCUGGAGUAGAGUGUGGAGAUUUAAAUGCUCUUGGGUCUACGUUAGAUUCAUCCAAGGGAAAACUCCAACCUUCUAUCGCGAGACGCUCAGUUGUGCGCGAAGUAAGCGUUGCUAGCAUUGGUGCAAAUGCUGUUUCUAAUGCUGGUGGUUGCCAUGAUACUGCAUAUACAAAGAAUUUGUCGUUUCAAAAGCUUUCUUCGUCCAUACCGGAUUUGGAUUCUACCAAAGUGCAACAGCGCAAAUCAAUGCCAAUUACCCUGGCCACUUCAGCUGCAUACUCUGGCAGUAUAUUGAGUAUAGAAAAUUCUAAUCCAGGCAUACCAAGAUCUCAUUCAAGAAUCAUGACACAAAGUACAUCGGAUCCACCAACUGGAGUACUCAAGAGAUCGUCUACUCUUCGCGAUAUCCAACGUUCAGCUCGAGGAAAACUUUUACAAAAAUCAGUUGAUUCCAGUGAGCCGACGACAAACUCAUCCUUUACUGCAACUCAGCCAGGUACUCAACCUCGAGAAGAAUCAAAUAGAUAUUCGCAUUCGGCUAAAUAUUCACCAAAAUCGUCUCAUGGACUGCCCCAUCCUUCUUCACCUAGUCCUGCGAGCGUUUCAUAUGUAGCUGAUUUGAAUGACAAAGUCUUGAAAUUGCAAACAAAAAUCGAUUUACUUUGCAAUGACAAAUUAGCUCUUGAAAGUCAGAUUGAAUCGCUUGGUCACGUUCCAGUUACUGCCAUAUCAGGAUCCUCGAUUGAAUUGAAAGAAAAUGAAGAGUCGAGUUCAUCAACAACCAAGAAAGACUCGCGAAUUUUCGAAAAUAAAGAGACGUGGGCAGAGAUUAGGAAUCUUUCAGCUGCGAUUCUGUCACAGUUUGGAGAACCAUCUGUUCAAACUUCAAACGCAUCCACUUUUUCAGCAAAAAAACAACCAGUUUCAACCCAUCCCAAUCCGUCGCUGUCUGAAUCUUCCCAAGACAUGCCAUCAAUUAACGCACUCUUACUCGACUCCACCAGCCUUUUAUCAAAAACUCAAUCAAUUGACACUUGCACUCAUCCAUCAAGUUUGGCUUUGGAUCAAACAGUUGAUUCUUCAUUGAAAUCCAAGAAACAGUCUGCAGCAUCGCUACAAACCACCAAACAAACACCUUCAACAGCAUUGCCAAACCCGAUGAUUUUACCAUGUAUAUCAAAAGUCAAUGAACAGGUCAAUGCAAGCGAGAAAAAUAGUUUGAAAUUGGAAUCAAGCGAAACCAAAUCUGCAAGUCUCGUCCAACCUGUGAUGUCUUCAAGUAAACCAAAUACACAAUCAUCGCGACAGAUAUCGAUAAAAUCAUUGCAGAAUAUAGAUCCAGUGACAAAUUCAGAAACUAAAAAGUCUAGUAUUGUAAAGCCUUUACUACAGAAAUCAUCACCUCUACCACCGCAUAUGCAGAGUAAAAGUCCACCCAUGUCGGCAACAAACUUGAAACAUGAUGCAAUGGUGCCAGUGAAACACUCGGUGGCAAGUAGAUCUAGUGCAGAUAUUAGUAAUUCUGUAAAAGAUUCAAAUCUGUCACAGUCGUUGCUUACACUGUCGUUUUCAACCCCAGAGGCAUCUAUCGCCUUGAACUCUUUAUCAUCGAAAACAGACGCGAUGAGCUCUAAGCCAGACUUGAAUCGGAGCAAUGGAAAUAGUGAGUUGGGAAGUGUAUUGCCAAGUGACUUUCAGAACGAUUUGAUGGAUAUUUUUGAUAGUUUUGGAUUUUAA